AUGACUGAAACUAAGAAAAAUAACAGGACGUCAUGCUGCUAUCCUAAUAUCCAAGCAGAUAUUGUUGACGGUGAUUUUAGACGUAUUGUAGAACAGUCAUUUAAAUUAUGGUUAUCUGUCGUCGUUACCUCAGUUACAAAACAUGAGGAUGGAAUCACUAAACCAAUCAUAAAAGCUAUUGUAUAUAUAUGUGCAUGGCCAUUAUUCCAUUUCUUUGUGGGUCAUCGAGGCCUAUAUCAAGCAUUUAAAUUAGAUAGUCUAAAUUAUUUCAGAAUGUUCUUCCUUAGUUCAUUAUUAGGAAUUGAAUUUGGUUUGUAUAAAAUUUUCGAGUGGUGUUACGGUGGGUGGCUUUACGCUGGCGAAAUUUAUGAUAAUUUUAAAAAUGACCGUAUUAUUGCUGGAACAUUAAGUGCCGUUUGUGUUGCAUCAGUUUUAAUUGAAAUUAUCGGUCUUGUUAUAAUUUCCACUAAGGUCAAUAAGUAUUUUAAAACCCAUGAUGAUUGGACUUUAAUGCCCAGUCUAAGAAAAAAGUCAAGGAAAGAACAAGCGCGAGUUUAA